AUGUCUGUGUCGGGGCCUUCAGCUGACUUCAAUGUCCUGAUCGUGGGGGCUGGAGCUACUGGCUUGCUCAUCGCACAGGGUCUUAAAAAGGCUGGGAUUUCAGCGAAAGUUUAUGAAAGAUACCCAGAACAGAAGUAUAUUGAGAGAUCGGGUCAAUGGACCAUGGCCCUGCAUUGGUCGAUUCCUCAUAUCGAAGCCUGCCUCCCGUCCCAAUAUUUUGCGCAGUUGAAGUCGGCAGAGACAAACAUCUUUGAAGAGCAUGACCCGGACGUAGCUGAGAACAUCCCCAUCCUUAAUGGGAGUACCGGAGAGCUACUGGCAACGGUGCUCAUGCCGAGUCCAAGGCGCAUCGUGAGAGGAAAGCUGCGCGACCUUUUCCGGCAAGGAAUCGACGUUCACUUUGGACAGGCGUUGACUGGCCUGCAUGUCGGGCCAGAUGGCGUUACAGCGCGUUUCAAUAAUGGGGAGACGACUGCCAAAGGAACAGUGCUCAUCGGUGCCGACGGGGCUAGAAGCGCAGUCCGAGGACAUCUUGUGGAGGGAGAGGUUGGCCAGCUCUCUAAAGCCAACAUCAUGAUCCUGAGUGCGUUCCCAACGUUCACGAAGGACCAAGCGCUGUUUAUUCGAAGCAAAAGCCACCCGCUCGUUCAGCUAAGUCCACACCCAUACCACAAUACCAAUGUCUUUUCUACUGUGGCCGAUAUUCGGGACCCAGAUGCACCGGACACUUGGGUUUUCCAGUUUACCCUCUCCAUUUGGACUGACAAAAACCCUCCUGCCUCGGAGGAAGAAAGAAGGCAUCUUUUCCGAGCCUACCUUUCUACCUACUGUGAACCCUAUAGGUCUGUAGCAGCAUGGCUAAGUGAGGAUACUAAAAUUAGUGGAGAGAAGUUUCAUUACUGGGGAAACAUAGCUCCUUGGACAAACCAUGGUGGUAGAGUCACGCUCGCCGGCGAUGCGGCACAUCCAAUGGUUCCUUUCCGGGCACAGGGUCUGAACAACGCUCUCGAAGAUGCCAGGCUUUAUGUUGACGCUCUCAAGAGGGUUGUCUAUGAGGGACAAGACCUAAAGUCAAACAUCAAAGCUUAUGAUGAUUCCACCUACAAGCGAGGCAGCAUGGAUAUCAAGCUUUCUAACGAGCAGAUGUAUGCGUACCAUCAUUGGGAUGUUGUUAUGAACGGGCCUCUGAUGCGCGGAGGAUACAAAAAGCAAAAGCCGGGUGAGCAAGUAUACCCGAACUAG